AUGGACCGGGCCAUGAUGCUACCCAGUUAUCAGUUCAACCAUUUUGAUGGUAAUCAGCAGGACUGGCAGUUUGAGGAUUGCAAACUGGCCAGAUCAGGUCCUCCAGCAACAAUAGUGGCAAUUGAUGAAGAAAGUAGAAAUGGAACACUUUUGGUGGACAAUAUGCAGAUUAAGGGGACAGCAGGUGGCCCAAGUCCUACCAUCGCCUUAUUGUUGCGAGAUAACCAUGACUUCUGGGUGAUUCUGGAUGCUGUCAAUCAAAGGCUGUAUUUGAACAGCACAGGCCGUGUUCUGGACAGAGAUCCUCCAUCAAAUAUCCAGUCCAUUGUGGUACAGCUGCAAUGCACUAAUCUGCAAGUCGGAAGCAUCAUCAACCAUGAAAUACGAAUUAUAGUCAGAGACCGAAAUGAUAACUCUCCACAGUUUCAACAUCCACAAUACUAUGUGGCAAUAAAUGAGUUGACACCAAUUGGCACAACCAUUUUCACUGGCUUCUCUAGAAAUAAUGGAGCAAUUGACAUAGACGAUGGCCCUAACAGACAGAUAGAAUAUGUUAUUCGACAGAAUCCAGAUGAUCCAGAAUCUAGUAAGACAUUUGACAUCCCACUCACAUUAUCAGGAGCUGUGAUUUUAAGAGAGAGGCUAAAUUAUGAAGAAAAGACACGUUAUUACGUCCUUGUUCAAGCCAAUGACCGAGCUCCAAAUCCAAAUGAUAGACGAACCAGCACAACCACCUUGACAGUCGAUGUACUCGAUGGAGACGACCUUGGCCCAAUGUUCCUUCCGUGUAAAUUGGUCAAUAAUACUCGGGAUUGCCGUCCCCUCACAUACAAGGCCAGCGUGCCUGAGCUCACUGAUCCGGCGAGGAUAAAUCCAGUGAAUGUGACUCCUCCAAUUUUAGCUGUGGACCAGGAUAGAAACAUUCAGCCAGCGGAUGAUCGACCAGGGAUUCUGUUCUCCAUUCUCAUUGGGAAUCCUGAGGAUUAUGCCAACUACUUCUUUCUGAAUAAUACCACAGCAGAACUACAUCUCCUUCAGCCAAUAAACAGGGAUUUGCAUCAGAAAUUUGAUUUAGUUAUUAAGGCAGAACAAGACAACAGGCAUCCACUGCCAGUUUUUGCCAAUCUUCACAUAGAGGUCCUGGAUGAAAACAAUCAAGGCCCAUAUUUUGCAAGAACCACCUAUCAGGGAUUUAUUGUUGAGUCUGCUCCAGUAGGAACAUCCCUUUCAGACAGUAAAAAUCUGACAAUGGCAUUAAAAAUUGUAGCCCUGGAUAAUGAUGUGGAAGAGGUUGCAUCAGGUGCUACUCCUACAAAAGAUCCACAUCUGCGAAUUUCAGUGAAUGAUUUCAGCACAGUAUUUGGUGUAACUCCCACUGGAAUAACUCGUUACCUGACGUUGCUCAAGCCUGUUGACAGGGAGCGCCAGCAGAAUUAUACUUUUACAAUGACUGCCUCUGAUGGCGUUCAAGAGAGUACUUCUGUUAUUGUCCAUGUCUUUGUGAUCGAUGCAAAUGACAACACACCAACUUUUCAGAACAUCUCCUACAGUGUGGAUAUCUAUAAUGACAUGAGGCCUGGAGAAACUGUCAUACAGCUCAUUGCAUCUGAUGCUGACGAAGGCCAAAAUGGAAAGAUCACCUAUGAAAUUCUGGCUGGAGGUCAUGGUGACUUUGUAAUAGAUAACAACACUGGACUUAUCACUAUGGCGCCUGGAGUUGCUUUAACAAUUGGGCGAUCCUAUGCUCUAACUGUCAAAGCAAUAGACAAUGCCAUGCCUGCUCAAAGAAGAAACUCUAUCACCACUGUUUAUAUUGAAGUCCUUCCUCCAAACAACCAGAGUCCACCAAGGUAUCCACAGAUGCUAUAUAACCUUGAAGUGAGUGAAGCUAUGAGAAUAGGGGCAACUUUGCUGAGUUUGCAGGCCACCGAUCGUGAGGGAGAUCCAAUCACCUAUCGCAUUCAGAAUGGAGAUCCACAUCAAGUCUUUAACAUCACUCAAAACGGUGGGCUACUUGUCUUAGGAAAACCUUUGGACAAGGAAAGUACGGAUCGAUACAUACUUAUUGUAACAGCUUCUGAUGGCAGGCCUGAUUCGACGUCCACUGCUACAGUCAACAUAGUAGUCACUGAUGUGAAUGACAAUGAUCCGAUCUUUGACCCCAUCUUCCUCAGGAACUUUACUGUACUGGAAGAAGAGGCAAAUGCCCUUGUUGGUCAAGUUAGGGCUGCAGAUGCAGAUGCUGGUAUGAAUGGACAAAUUCGCUACAGCUUGGGAAAUUAUAAUGGCAUUUUCAGAAUAACAUCAAAUGGCAGCAUUUAUACAACAACGCCAUUAGACCGAGAAACCCAAGAUGCAUAUGACCUGAUUGUAGAAGCUUCAGAUGGAGCAGUGGACCCUCGUCGUUCAACCCUCACUGUACCAGUCAGAGUCCUAGACAUUGAUGACAACAGUCCUAUAUUUUCGCAAUCCAGCUACACGGUUACUCUGCCAGAAAAUAAUUCACCUGGAAUUGUUAUUCUGCAAUUAAAGGCAACAGAUGUUGAUCUUGGUUCCAAUGUGACGUAUCGUAUAAGAAAUCAGGAAUCCAUGGAGCUAUUUUCUGUAAAUCGCUGGACAGGAGAAUUAUCAAUUUUACAGUCUGUGGAUUAUGAAACUCUAUCUGCUACAGAUGCAAGCUACACAUUUGUAGUGGAGGCACUGGACAGUGGAGGGAGUAUGCCUCCAGGUUUAGCUACUGUGACUGUCCAAAUCAAGGAUAUGAAUGACCACACUCCAGAGUUUAGCAAACCUAUCUAUAAAGGGAUGGUGGCACCAGAUGCUUUGAAGGGUACCCUUAUCGCUACCGUAUCGGCUGAGGAUAAAGACCCUCCUGGAGGUCCAGCAAGCAGAAUCAGGUAUAAAGUUGAUAUGGCCCACACUCAAUACAGUGCAAGCAUCUUUGAUGUGGAAGAGGACACAGGACGAGUGUUGACCCGGGUCAAUCUCAAUGAAGAACCUAGUUCGAUUUUUGAACUAGUUGUUAUUGCAUUUGAUGAUGGAGAACCUGUGAAGUUUAAUUCUACCACAGUAGUCAUCACUGUCCUGCAGCCAUCAGUAAUUCCACGUUUUACACAAGAAGAGUACAGACCUCCACCUGUAAGUGAAGGUGCACGAAUAGGAACCACAGUUGUCACUGUAACUGCAGCUGCUAUCAAUCAAACCAUAGUGUAUUCAAUUAUAGCCGGCAAUGAUGGCGGAAAAUUUAAGAUUGACGAACGCACAGGAGUCAUCACUACAAAUAACACACUGGACUAUGAGACAACAAAAAGCUUUGAAAUUAGAAUCCAGGCAGAUCCAUUGCAGCUGGUGCGAUCAAAUCUCAGAGUUCCAUCAAGAACAAACACUGCAAAGGUUUUCAUUGAGGUACAAGAUGAAAAUGACCAUGCCCCUGUUUUCACCAGACCUCUAUACCUGGGUGGAGUGGCUGAAGAUGCCAAGACAUUCACCUCUGUGCUGCAGGUUGAGAUCGAAGAUCAGGACACUGGAAACUAUAGUGCUGUUCAGUACCGACUAAUCAUACCACCCUCGAAGGAUGGUAAGGAUGGUUUUGUGAUAGAGGCGUACACUGGCCUCAUCAAGUCAGCAAUUACAUUCAGAAACAUGAGACGAUCCUACUUUAAAUUUGAAGUUAUUGCAACAGACAACUAUGGGACGGGACUGAGCAGCAGUGCACAAGUUGUUGUGUCUGUGGUCAAUGAGCUGGAUAUGCAAGUGGUUGUUUCAAAUGUUCCCCCUACUCUGGUGGAACAGAACAAAGAUCAGCUUAUCAGAAUUUUGGAACGUUAUGUACAAGAUCAGAUUCCAGGUGCAACAGUGGUAGUGGAAUCCAUAGGACCCCGUAAGCAUGGAGAUGGCUUUCAGGAAGAGGACUACUCUAAGUCGGACCUGAUGGUUUAUGCCAUUGACCCUUUGACAAAUCGAGCCAUAUCACGGAAUGAACUUUUCAAAUUUUUGGAUGGCAAACUUCUUGAUAUUAACAAAGAAUUUCAGUCAUACUUGGGACAAGGAGGGCGUAUUUUGGAAAUCCGAACUCCAGAUGUGGUGUCAAAUGUGAAGAAACAGGCGCAAGCAGUGGGUUACACAGAAGGAGCUCUGCUUGCACUCGCUAUUAUUAUCAUCCUCUGCUGCUUACCUGCUAUUCUGAUUGUCAUGGUCACCUACAGACAAUUUAAGGAGCGCCAGGCAGAGUGUGCAAAGACUGCAAGGAUCCAGAUGGCUUUGCCGGCAGGCAAAUCAACUGGUGGCCCGGCAAAUAACCUAUAUGAAGAGUUGGGUGACAGCACUAUGAGAGGAUAUGGACAACAAGAGCAACAGCAAUUACUGAGGCCUUCGCUGCUCAGACCUGAGGAACUCUCCAUGGAAUCUGGCAUUGAUCCUGGCCAGGAGUACUACGCACAGGAUUACUACAAUUAUGAGCCUGGGUAUGAAGUGCCACAGUAUGGAAGUCGUCGUAGAUUAAUCUCUCCAUCUGGUAUGUACGAUGAAUUUGGAGAGGUAAUAAUGGAAGAUGAUGGAGGCUACUAUUACAGUCCAGAUGGAUCUAACGCAGGUCCAGAGGGAGUGGAUCCAAGGAAAGGUCCUGUUAGAAAGAGUAGGAUUCAGGAAGCUGGAGAUCAGGCAGAGACAGGGAUGUCGAGUAGCGAGGCAAUAGAUCCCACUGGAGCUUCAGAAGGAACUGCAGAGUUGGCGGGUGCCUCAGUGGUUGCAGAUGAAGCUGUGCAAGGAAUUGUACGUGAAGGAGAAGGAAAGAAAAAGGUGAAGAGUGUGUUACAGAUUAGCAAACUAGCGCCAAGUGGUGUGACAUUUGAACAACAGAUGGAUGGAGAGCAACAAGUGGGAACUCCCAUUGCUUUUCACUCUCCAUGGAAAAAGGCAAAAAUAUUUCCUAUGAUACUUCAGAGGGUAAAAGCAAGCACCAAAGAUUCCAGUUAUGCCAAACUUGUGUCUGCACGUCGUGUGGAUAGCCAAGAGAGUGUAACGAGUACAUCUUCAGGAAGUGUGGUCAAUGGAAAUUCUGUUCAGAAGUCAAUCAAAGAUAAGCCAACAGAGAAAAGAAAGCUGGGCAAAGUGCUGAAGCAUAUCAACAUCUCCAAACAGUUAAAAUCCAGGCGUAAAUCACAGGGUUCUAUUAGUAAAAGUUCAGCUGCUGAGAGUGAACUGGAGGAAGGGUCCCAAACUAAGGGGAGCAGUGAAUCAGAAAAGGAACAAAAGAAGUCAAAAGUUGCGAUUAAUGUCACUGCAGAGAGUGAUCAGGAAACAAGUGCAACCUCUGAGGACGAUAGUGAUGGAUCGGAGAAGAGACGGGAUUCCUCCAAAACGACAGGAGAUGACCAGUCACAAAGAAGUAGCACCCAACAGUCACAGACUGAAGAAAAAGCCUAUCUUAAAGUGACACUGGAUCAGGAUGAAACCAAUGAAAGUACAGUAGACUCUGAUGAAGAAAAAGAUGAUGAAUCAGUUGGAACGGAAGACGAGGCCAAGUCAAAGAUUGACUCUGAUGCAGGAGAAGCAGAAUCAGAGGAUGGUGGUACUUCAGAAGGUGCAGAUUCUGAUGAAGAAUCAAAAAGUGAAAUCUCUGAUAAAUCUAGUUCUGGAAGUGGACAGAGUUCACAGAAUAGAGCUUCUGUUACAGAAGGUCAAGAUUCAGUAUCGAUAGUGUCGGGCAGAAUCGAAUCCAAUGCUGAGGAAAUAUCUGAUGAAUCUGAAGGAGAUGGUGGUAAUAGCAGAACAACAGAAUCAAAAACUAGGUCAAGUACAUUUAGCAAAGGGAGUGUUAUCAGUAGGAGUACGUCAAUAGCAACAGAAAGAACAGGAAUGUCAGAUAGUUCCAUAGACAGUGAGGCCAGUCAGCAAACAUCAAAUGUAGAUAGUUCUCAAGGAAAGUCCAGCCUGUCAACUCAGACAAACACAGCUAGCAGGGAAACAGAUGUCACAAUGGGACGUAGUAGUUCACGUGGGUCUUUAUCAGGGAGUGGACCAAGUGUAAGAAAAUCAACAUCUGUCACUGAGGAAAGUCAAAGUUACAUGUCGAAAGUGUCAACAUCUGCCAGUGAAUUUGAAGCAAUUCAGGAGGAAUCCGAUGAAGAAUUCAUGUCUGAAGACAUCACAUCUGAAGGGAAUGAAGACAGUGAAAGUAAAAUCAAUGCAUUUAUAAGUCAGGAAGAGGAAGAGUCUGGGAACAGUAGCGAUGGAACAAAAUUUGGAACAUCAAUCAGUCAAAACAGUACCAAUAGGAGUGAGAGCAGGUAUAGUAAAUUGACAGAUGCACAGAGUGACAGUGUUGGAAAUAGUAUGAGGAGAACAAACAGUGAUCAGUCAGAUUACAAUGACAGUGAUGAUGUCAGUCAAGCACCAGUUUCACAGCAAACAACUAUUAGUAGCGCAUUCAGCAAAAGCAGGUUAAAAAGCUUGAAGAGCAAUUAUAGUGACAAUACUGAACUCUCCAGAAUCAGUGAUAGAAGUAGCUUGAGACAUAGUUUGACAAGUGUGGCAGAUUCUAAUCAAAGCGAGAUCUCGGGUUAUUCUGAGAGAAGUAACAGAAUGAGCAAAGUAAGUAGAAAGAGUGGAAGUUUAAGCAAAGGAACAUCUUCAGAAUAUAAUGAAUCCAGCAGUGUUGGAGAAGGCUUGCAAGAAUCAACAGAGGACAAUGAAGGACUAGAUGAAGAAAUAUCAGAAGCGGAAAGUAUUCAGGACACAGUGACAUCAUUAUAA